AUGUAUUGCUUACAGGACGUCGAGGAACGCAUCUGCCACCGACUCGACAACUUGCCACCGGAGCCGACAGCAGAACAAAUCUCAGGGAACCGACGAGGCCUUUCAAGCAUCACGCGAGGGCACCCGGCUUUACCUCAAGACCUAGCUUGUCUCAGUGAAGUGGUGGCCGGGCUAACUGCGCGAUCCACGCGCCUGCUGCCGCAAUACGCCGGAAACCAAUCACAACAGCUGAAGGCUAGGCAUGAUCGAGUCCUCGCCGUAUGGCAGCAUCUUAAGGCAGUAGCGGAGGCAAGACGUAAGGUUCUGCAGGAGGCCGGACGACUUAACCAGUUCCUGCUCAGUGCCAGGGACCUA